UUUCAUUUUGGAUCCAGUUUAACCUUCAAACUACCUCUAGAAAAAAUGUCAUGGGACAUCAUAAAUAAGAACUGGGGCUAUAAACAGUUCAACAUCCCGAAUUUUACCUGCAAGUGGACCAUCCACAAUUUCCGUUUUAUUCUGGAGGAAAUGAGGGACAGUAUUAGAAGCCCAACUUUCUCAAUGAGGGACAAUGACAAAUGGUGUUUGAGAGUUCACCCUAAGGGGGUCGAUGAAGAAAGCUCAGAUUACCUGUCAGUUUACCUCGAGUUGCUGAGCUCUCCAAAGAGUCCCCUUGCCGUCCGUUUCAAGUUUUGGAUCGUAAAUGCCAAAGGAAAAAAUAACGAACCUGUGACUAGCGCGAAAGACUUUAAUUUCCUGCCAGGCUCUCAAAGCGGUUACAAAAUGUUCAUUCUUCGAGAUUUCCUCCUGGACCAUUCUCAUGAUCUUCUCCCUGACGACCACUUCACCCUCCUCUGCAUGGGGAUCCUGGUGCCAUACUCCUACAGUAUCCCUGACGAAAGCACAGAGCCUAGAAGCCAGGUUCCCAAAGGCCCAUUAGGAGAUGAUCUAGGAGAGCUGUGGAAGAAUUCGAGCUUCACAGACUGCUGCCUGGUGGUAGCUGGCCAGGAAUUCCGGGCUCACAAGGCCAUCUUAGCUGCUCGCUCUCCAGUUUUCAGAGCCAUGUUUGAACACGACACGGAGGAGAGCAGAAAGAAUCGAUUUGAGAUUCAUGACCUGAAACCUGAAGUCUUCAAGGCGAUGAUGGACUUCAUUUACACCGGGAAGGAACCAGUCCUCCACAGGAUAGCAGGUUCUGUGCUGGCAGCUGCUGACAAGUAUGGCCUGGAGCGUUUGAAGGUCAUGUGCGAGAGUGCUGUCUGCAGGGACCUCUCUGUGAAGAAUGCUGCCUACGCUCUCUGCCUGGCUGACCGCCACAGCACAGGGCACCUGAAAACACAGGUGCUGAAUUUUAUUACAGCUCAUGCUUCCGAGGUCUCUCAGACCGCAAGCUGGAAGUUAAUGGUGGAUUCACGCCCCCACUUGGUGGCUGAAGCAUACAGCUCCCUGGCUUCUGCUCAAUGCAAUCUACUGGAACCCCCUCUGAAACGUCAGAAGCAAUCCCAGGAAACUGUCACCGGUACCCUAUAUGUGUAUCCCAGAAGCAGUGGUCAGUGUUGAUACCGAUGGCUCCUGGGCAGACUGUGGGGUACAUGGAGCAAUUACAGCAACUCCGGGGAAAGACAUCAUGGUUUAAUAGUGCUUUGAUACAUUUAUUAAUGCCUUGAAUAUUGUAGUGGUUUAUUAUUUGUAUUUUGAUAAAUAAAUCUUGCCUGAAGACCAGAAGUAAAGCUGAAGCCACUGGAGAUCAGACAAUGGUGACACACACAUUUAAUCCCAGGAUUUGUUAGACAGAGUAACACGGAUCUCUGUGGGUUUAAAGGCACCUUAAUCUAAACAAGAUCAAUGCAGUAACAAGCCCAGGUGGUGGUGGUUCACACCUUCCAUCCAUCCUAGCCUAGGAAAUCCCAGCACUAGAGGUAAUAUAAAAUGGGAUGCGAGAGGCUUAAUAAUCUGCUUCUUCUACAGUCACCCAGCCUUAAGACAGGAAAGACAGACGUCUCUAGUGGCUUGGCUGCUUUGCUUUUCUGGUUGUCACUUUGUACCCCUAUAUCUCUAGGUUUUUAUUUUUGGUGCUACAGAAUGGCAGGGUGCGUGAGCAACCAUGAUGAACUCUGAUGGACUCUGUGCAACCUCUCCUUUGCUGCUGUACUGGUUUGAUUUUUGUCCAGUGAUUUGGAAACUGGGAUUCAGUUUAGCUAAUGCCCCCAGCACAUCCCAACAGGGUUUCUUUGGAGAAACCUGUGUGGAUAGGACUGUGCAAAACAUAUGAUCAAGGGCUCAGAGCAAAGGAGAAAACAAACGUGAAUGUUUUCUUAUGAGAGAAGGGGAAGAGAAUGAAGACAUUUUUCCUUUAAACUCGGUUUGUGGAGCCUGGAGAGAUGACUCAGUGGGCAAAAGCAAUUGUUCUUCUUGUAGAGGACCCAUGUUCAGUUAUGUAGACAAAAUUUUACCCCAAUACAAUAGAAAAGGAAUAAAAAUUAUAGAAUCACUUUGUGGAUUCCAGUGGUCUUUCUGUUAGAAGAAGCCCAGUCCUGCUCAGCUGUGGAAGUUUGUGCAGGGUCCUCACAGUCACACACACACACACAAAUGUUAAUGAAACGAUACCUAAGAAAUUGCUGUACUCAGAGACUGGUGCCUAGCCCAGCUGUCAUCGGUUAGCCUUCUCCAAUGGCUGAUGGCAGUAAAGGGUUCACAGAAUCAGAUAAACGGGGAUCAUAGGGACUCACAGCAACUGAAGAGGCAAUCACACAGAUGCAUGGGUCAGCACUAUGUCCUCUGUAUGCACACUGUGGUUGUUUUGUUCGGGGGUUUUUGUGGGACUCCUAAAGAGUGGGACUGUGGGGAGUCUCUGACCUGUUUGUCUGAUCUUGGGAACCUUUUCUUCCUUCCGGUGGACUCCCCCAGCCUUGAUAUGAGAGCUUGUGCCUAUGCUUAUUGCAUCUCAUUAUGAUGUGUUCAGUUGAUAUUCCCGUGUUCCCCAACUUCCUGAAACACAUGUCAGGACAGAAAGAUGGACUGGACAUUUCAAGACACAAGGAAAAAUUAAAGAAGUACCAUCAGCCUCCAGUGCUGGGUCAGGGUUCUGCAGGGGGCAGCUUUCUCCUUAGCCCAUGUCCAUUGGUC